UAGUCACGUGAUUCCUCUGUUUACAGACAUCCGGAAAAACAUGGAGGACAGCACUGGCAAUAAUCCUCAAUCUGUUGGAUUUACGGAGAAAUUAAAAUCUUGGCUCUCAUGGUCAUGGACCUACAUAUGUUUCAUUUGGUUCGGUAUGGUGCUGAUCAUGAUAUACGUUCUCCGGAGUCCCUUGAAACUCCAGGAAAGCUUUACCUCAGCCUCUGUGUUCCUAAAUACAUUGACACCUAAAUUCUAUGUGGCACUUACUGGAACGUCUUCUCUCAUCUCUGGACUCAUAUUGAUAUUUGAGUGGUGGUAUUUCCGUAAAUAUGGCACCUCAUUCAUUGAGCAGGUGUCAGUCAGCCAUCUGCGUCCUCUUCUUGGUGGUGUGGAGAGCAGCUCCACCAGUGGUCUGUUCUCCUCAGUAAAUGGAGAUGCAGAGCCCAGACCCAGCGUUUCAGAGUGUAAGGUCUGGAGAAACCCCCUGAAUUUGUUCAGAGGAGCAGAGUACAGCAGGUACACCUGGGUUACUGGGAAGGAGCCUUUAACGUAUUAUGACAUGAACCUAUCUGCACAAGACCACCAAACCUUCUUCACAGGGGACACUCAGCAGUUAAGACCGGAAGACGCUGUGAUGCAGAAAGCCUGGAGAGAGAGAAACCCGCAGGCCAGGAUCAGAGCAGCCUACCAGGCCAUAGAGAUGAACCAUGAGUGCAGGUGUGCCGCAGCCUAUGUGCUUCUCGCGGAAGAGGAGGCCACCACUAUCACAGAGGCAGAGCGUCUCUUCAAACAAGCACUUAAAAGUGCAGGAAAAGAUGUCAACCUGCUGGUGUACAUAAAGCGGAGACUGGCCAUGUGUGCACGCAAGCUCGGCCGAAUUAAAGAAGCAGUUAAAAUGAUGCGAGAUUUAAUGAAAGAAUUCCCAUUGUUGGGAAUGUUAAACAUACACGAAAACCUCUUGGAGGCCCUCCUAGAGCUGCAGGCAUAUGCUGAUGUGCAAGCAGUGCUCGCCAAAUACGAUGAUAUCAGCUUGCCAAAAUCAGCAACGAUAUGCUACACAUCUGCACUUCUGAAAGCACGGGCUGUUUCAGAUAAAUUCUCUCCAGAGGCAGCGUCUCGGCGAGGGCUCAGCACAGCAGAGAUGAAUGCUGUAGAGGCCAUACACAGAGCUGUGGAGUUCAAUCCACACGUGCCAAAGUACCUGUUGGAGAUGAAGAGUCUGAUCCUGCCACCAGAACACAUCCUCAAGAGGGGAGACAGUGAGGCGGUGGCGUACGCCUUCUUCCACCUGCAGCACUGGAAGAGAGCAGAGGGGGCCUUAAACCUGCUGCACUGCACCUGGGAGGGAACCUUCCGGAUAAUUCCCUACCCCCUGGAGAAGGGUCACUUGUUUUAUCCCUACCCAGGAUGCACGGAGACGGCAGAUAGAGAACUGCUACCAUCGUUCCACGAGGUCUCCGUGUAUCCCAAGAAAGAGCUUCCCUUCUUCAUCCUGUUCACAGCAGGCCUCUGCUCCUUCACUGCCAUGCUGGCCAUGCUCACACACCAGUUCCCCGAGCUCAUGGGCGUCUUCGCCAAAGCGUUCUUCAGCACCCUCUUCGCUCCCCUGGGGUUCUUCGCAGACAAGAUGGAAAGCUUCAUGCCGUCCAGUUUUUGGCAUCAACUGACUCGAAUUUGACCCCCAAAAUGCUGUUAAGAGCACACACACAGACAAACACACACGCAGACAUAAACCCAUACACAGAGACAUAGACACACACACAUAGAUGAGCGACCAUCAGCACUCCGAGGCUCGAAAAAAAAUGUUUGCUCUCCUGUCUUCAGCAGUGCUGUCCACUUGUCGCGUUGUUACUGAUUACGUUGGCAGAGGUUGUGUCAACACAGCCCCGAGGACUGUUAACAUGGGGAGCAUUUAGUCCUCCCCAACAGUUGAACAACUUUAAAUAAGGAUAAUUUUCAGGAAAAGAAAAGGGAUUUCAGAUUGUACGAUUUUCUUUUUUUUCUGUUUUCUUUUCGUUUUUGUUUUCGUUCAUAGGUUUGGGCAAACAAUGUAGGAGAUGUUCAUCAAAACAUGAACUAGUAUUAAGAAACAUCUAUGAACUCCAAACUGUUUGCAAAUAUUUCCGAUUCUUCAUUUGACGCUUUAACAUUCGAAACCAUCAUCGUGUUUCACAACGUCUGACUUUUAUGCUUGUUUUCUUUUCCAUUACGUUCCUUUUUUUUAAUUUUAUUUCUUUUAAGAUGCUCUCGUGUCAGUUUACAGUUUGUUUCGUGAGAUGACUCAUCUUUAAAAAGCUAACUUCUGGUGUUAAACUGCCCCCUCAUUUCUGGUUCAGACGCACAGACUUGGUUGUCUUUUAACAUAUUGGAGACAAUGAAAUGAGGGCCUUUAACACAAUAACGGAUACCACGCUGGAUAUCCAGUCACGGAAAGACCCAGAAUACGGCAGUCGCAUCUGCGGCUCUAUGCCGCCAUACUCUCCUCCUCAGCAGCUAGGACGUCAAUCGGACAGAACCGAUAGGUUACCAAUAUUGGUUCUAAUGGGAUUGACUGCCGCAGGGCUCAUUGUGAAUGCCGUGUCUGCCCUAAAUCUCCAGAACUGGGAUUGACUGGAACGUUUGUUAGACUUCCUAAUAACAGAGCUGUGAUUUACUGCCUUUGAGUGCCUGCAAUAUAUACAACACCUCGGUGGUUCCAACAGUUGUUGCUAAGGCAUGACACUGCAGUAUUAUACGAACCAGGGGUGGGGGGUUUGAGGCGGGAGGGGGGGGGGGGAUAACCAGACAACGUCGCCGGUGCUGAAGCAUCACAAUAUAAGACACACAAAAUAACAGCAGUAGUGCUUCUAGAAGGGCAACACAAAGUGCGCAAAGGCGCGUUAUGUAGGAGCAAUAACUGCAAGGGCAUUUCUAGUGUGUUUUAGUGUUCUUCCACUGAUGACAGUACUAAACAUUGAUUGCAUUAGUAAUACAAUGUAUUGGCUGUGUUUCUCUUUUUGUUUAUUUGGUGGUCUCUUUUCAGUGGAGCUGCACCACCCAUCGGACAGCUAUGGACUCAUGCAUUAUUUAUUAUGUAUAUUUAUUUUAUACUCAAAGGUGCAAAGAAGGGUUGUUUUUUUGACUGUCCAAAUCGAAGCCCUAAAUCCUCAAGAGGGUUUUUUUUUGCUCCAUUAUCUGGCCAACAAUAUGUGAAUGUGUAAUGUUUAUUCUUGUGUUUCUGUGGAAGAAGUAGCACAGCAUGCUGAGGACAGGAGAACGAUGGAGAACAAUGAUCUAUUAUAGCUACCAUGUGAUGAAAAACGCACAAUAAAUUGGUCCUUGAAUGUAA